AUGCCCGCCUCAAUUCCUGCAGGCGUCUACGGACGUCGCAUCCCAGCUGGUGGUGUGCCCAUUCCCGCAGCUAUCGACCCGUCCGCUGCUUUCCGCAUCACAAUGGCUGCCAUUGACCCCAGCGCGGCGCCCCAGGUUGACGAGGAGCACAAGGUUCCUCGCGCCACGCUGAAGAUCAUCCGUGUCCCCAUGGACUUUGACGAUGAGGAGGAUGACGACGAGGACUACGAUCCGGAGGACGUUGAGGCUAUUGUUGCCAAGCUCCGCGCCAACGGUGCUCUUCCCGAUGCUGACUCUGACAUGUCUGAGGAUGACAGCGCGGAUGAGAAGAACGGUGGCCCCAGCGAUCCUGCCAAGUCGAAGAAGGCCAUCCGCGCAGCCAUUGCCAAGAAGCUCCAGGAAGACCUCGAGGAUGAGGACAUGGACGUUGACAGCUCCGUUACCGGCAAGGGCAAGGCCAAGAUCACCGACGACGACGUCAGCGACGAUGAUGAUGAGGACGAUUCCGACGACGAGGAUGACGAGGCUGAGGAGUUCGUUCUCUGCACGCUUGACCCCGAGAAGAACUUCCAGCAGACACUCGACAUCACUGUCCGAGAGGGUGAGGAGGUCUACUUCUCCGUUGACGGUACCCACGACAUCUACGUCACUGGUAACUACAUUGCUUUUGCUGAUGACCAUGACCACGAUGACGAGGAUGAUGAGGAGGAUGAUGGGCUCGAGUAUGACCUGUCUCCCGACGAGGACGAGCUUGAGCUUGGCGAGUCCGAGGAAGAUGAGCUCGAUGACCUGUCCGACCCCCGCAUCACCGAGGUCGAGUCUGAGGAGGAGGCCCCCAAGCUUGUUGAGUCCAGCAAGAAGGGCAAGAAGCGCCCCGCUGAGGAGGAGGUCACUCUCGACGACCUGAUCAGCAAGACCAACGGCGAGCAGAAGGUCAGCAAGAAGCAGGCCAAGAAGCUGAAGAAGAACGACGGCCAGGCUGUCGUCGGCGCCGAUGAGGUCGCAAAGAAGGUCGAGAAGGCUGAGGCCCCUAGCGCCGACAAGAAGAAGGUACAGUUCGCCAAGAACCUCGAGUUGGGUCCCACUGGCUCACCAAUUGGAAAGGUUGAGGCACCCAAGGCUGAAGCGCCCAAGAAGGAGGCUGCCAAGGGCCCGCGCAACGUCGGCGGCGUCACUAUCGACGACAAGAAAGACGGCAAGGGCAGGGCCGCGAAGAAGGGCGACCGUGUUGAGAUGCGCUACAUCGGCAAGCUGAAGAACGGCAAGGUCUUUGACUCCAACAAGAAGGGCAAGCCAUUCUCCUUCAAGCUUGGUGUCGGUCAGGUCAUCAAGGGCUGGGACGUCGGUGUCGCUGGCAUGACUGCUGGCAGCGAGCGCCGCCUCACCAUCCCCGCAAACCUCGCCUACGGCAAGAAGGGCGCCCCCCCUGACAUCCCAGGCAACUCUGACUUGAUCUUCGACAUCAAGUGCAUCUCCGUCGGUUAA